AUGGAGACGCCGUCGUCCACGAGAAGAGUCACGAGAUCCCAGGCUUCGUCCCUCGCCUCCGGUAAGAGAUCCCCCCAUCACCGUCCCUCUGCGUACUUUCCUCACCAUCUUCUGAUUCCCUUUUCCUGCUACAGAGAUUUCGGGGCAAGAAGGAGGGACCACCCUAAAUCCACAGUCGUCGUCGUCGUCGUCGUCGAGAUCCAGGACAGCUGUGCUGGUCGACAUUACCAACGAUUCUCCCAUCGUGGGGCUAGCGGCGGCGAGCCUGAAGACGCCGCCGUCCGCGGCCGCCGGAGAGAGCAAGCUCUGGAUCGGAGGGAGGACGCCGUGCUCCGGCGAAGCGAUUCUCCGCGGCCAGGUGAAGAACCUGUUGCAGAAGGUUGAGGAGGAGGAGGGAGAGCCGUUUCUUACGUUCCUCGGCCAUCUGGCUCCGACCACCACCAACACGCCGCAGAUCGUAUGUCUCUCCGGCGACGAACCAGAGCCCGUUCCGGCGAGCCCCCCCGCGGGGGAAGACGGAGGCUACGAGUUCCCAGAGGUCAUUAAUGGAGGUUCUGUUCUCUCCAUCAGAGACCUCGACUCGGUUGCUUUACAGGCGGCGCCGAAUUGGAGGAAGGAGGAAGAAGCCCUAGAUCUCACAGAGUGCUUCAUCAACCGGGCUCUGCUGUUUGACUCGCCGGAGGAAUCGUACUCUUCCUUCUCCUUGUCGGCGCGGACAUCCCAAGAAACCGUCUGCCCCGAGGAGGUGCCCACUGAAGAAGAAGACGGCUGUUCUUCCGCCUGGUCUCUGCAGGCGUACGAUGGCUCCUCUCUGGAGGAUGACGACGGCUCUGAAUGGACCGAAGAAGAUGAAGAAGAUGACGAUGAAGAAGAAGAAGAUGAAGAUGAUGUUCGUCUCGUUGAUCUCUGCGAGGGGGUGAGAACGAUGUCGAUGGGCCAGAGCGAGCUGCCCGAGUUCGCCGGGAAGCACACCAGGUUCACCUACGACAGCGACGGCGAGAUCGUUGCAGAAGUGGAGGUCACGACGGCGGCUCCAUCGAGUGUUCUUCGGCUAAGGGGCAUGCCGGCGCCAGAAGGGAAGCACCUGCGCUUCCAGGAGGAAGAAGAAGACUGA